UAUUAAAAUUGUACACAAGAAAAAGGAUUACGUGAAUCAUAACUAUACUCAAUUUAUGUCUAAACUUUAAGUCGAAGAAUGCAUUAGAUUAGGGAGACCAUGAUAGAAAAACAUGGCGAAAUAUCUUAAUUUUCUCAUAAGUAUUGCUAUAUACGACACAAAUAUUUUUUAGAUACGAACUCAUACUAAUAGUUGGAACACGGGUUGGGUCGGGUUCUACGGGUUGUGUAAUCCAAAAUCCAAACCCAACCCAAAAGAGGCGGGUUGUACAAAAGAAAACCUUCACCCAACCCAAAACCUUCGUUUUAGCGAUAAAUACGGGUGGGUUGGGUCGGGUUGGACGGGUGGGUCGGUUUGCGGGUGUGUUUGUUCACCCCUACCCAAUAGUGAUGUUCAUACGUGUGGCCCAAUCUUUAGUUGAGGCUCCUUAUAGUGGAUGCGAAAAAAGCCCAAUCUCAGCAUGGCAAAAAAACAAAAAACAAAAAAAAUACUCCAGUCCUAGGUCUUUCUCCCUUCAGUUCUUCCGCUCAACUGAACAACAUACUUCUUCCAAAACCAAAGGCGACCCUGCAAACAACAUUUUAAGCAGUCGAACUAUUAUCUCCAAGGAUUCCAAGGUUUCUCGCUCAAAGGUUCGUCCUUUCUUCUUAUACUCUCUUGUUCCUACCGUUCUUUGCUAAUCUGGGCUAUAGGGUAUUUUGUAUGUUAUUUGAGUUAUGGAGUGGGGUUUUGUUACUGGGCAAAGGGUUUAUCUCUACCCUUCACGGCGUGUUGAUGAAGGAGAGAAUCUUCUCUUGCCCGGGCAAAACUAAGACUCUCAGAGGGCGCAUAAAAAAGAGUUGUCUUUAUGUUCUUGUUACAAGCUAUAAUGCUUGUUGUGUCUAUACGCAGUGGUUUUGUCGCCGAAUGGAAUUUUAGAAUUUGCGACCAGGGAGUGGGAAGCUAAGAACUUGUCUUUGUUAAUCGUUCUGGCUUUUCCCUUUUGGGUCUGUUCUUUAAACUUUCAUGGCUCAGUCGGCAGAGGUGCCGUCUUUAUUGACGCUUUGCUUAUAGGAGGUUUUCAGAAUUCAGGUGCUUACAUUUCAUCUGUUAGUUUCUUUGGUCUAUUGGGAUUGGCUUUGGAGCAAUACAGGAACGUUUAGGGUGUUGAAAUGCUGGCUUCUGGGAUAUUAUGAUUAUCUGGCAACCGAAGCUUUGGUUGAUUACAUCUUAAGAUGGGUUUCUGUUGUCAACUCUCCUCAUUCUACUAGCUUCUAAACUUGUAGCGGUUGGUUGAUGCUUUUCCAAUAACAAAUUAUAAUCUACCGUUAUUUUUACAAUUACGAAUUGCAAUGUAUGCUUAAUCAUGUUUAGGCGUGCAACAUUUGCAGAGGAUCUGGGUGAAGGACGGGGGAUAUUUGGUGAGUUCGGCAGAAUGGGGCAUGUAGUUCGUCCUUUGGAUAAGUUGAGUUGGUUACCUGAACAACAAGCCGGCUGUGGUUUUGGUGUGUGCCAUCCCCCAACAGCAAAGGCUUCAUUGCUCCAUCUGAAUAGUUCCCUGAAGUUUGAUCACAUAAUCCAGCAUCAGCUAUGUGUUCGCCCAAAGGAAUAUCUUAGGGCAGAGAGAAGUUUGACAUCCAGGGUAAUGCAUACAAGUGCUCUCAUUGAUGAAGUUGAUGACAACGAAUGGGAAUCUGGUUUGGAGCCCAUUGAUCAGAGCUCCACGGAGCAUGAUGAGAUUAGGAAGAAGGAUGUGUCUCUGCUAUCUUCUUCAAGUGAUGGACGGAUAGUUGAGAAUGAACAGGAAACCAAUAACGAAAUCCUUCACAACCUGUGCAGCAGAGGAAGGUUACUCGACGCAGCAAAGCUAAUAGAUACCAUGGCACGGAGAAGCCAGAUUCCAGGGUAUACAUGCUGCACAAACCUAAUAAGAGGUCUUAUUAGAAUGGACCGGAUGGAUAAAGCUGUCAAAGUUCUCAAAAUCAUGGUGUUGUCAGGUGGUGUACCAGAUGUUAUCACAUACAAUAUGAUGGUUGGUGGGUUUUGUAAGAGAGGGCAUGUGAAUUCUGCUGUCGAUCUUCUGGAAGAUAUGAGCCUGAGUGGUUGUCCUCCUGAUGUAAUUACUUACAACACGAUAAUACGGGCAAUGUUUGAGAGAGGGAAUUUUGAACUAGCUAUCAAGUUUUGGAAAGUGCAAGUAAGGCGGGGUUGCCCUCCAUACUUGAUAACCUACACAGUACUCAUAGAACUUGUCUGCAAGCAUUGUGGGGCUGUUCGGGCUGUGGAGGUAUUGGAAGAUAUGGCGAAUGAAGGCUGCUUUCCUGAUCUGGUUACAUACAACUCAUUAGUCAAUCUCACAUGCAAACAGGGGAAGUUUGAAGAUGCAGCUUUAGUCUUAAGUAACAUUCUAUCACAUGGAAUGGAACCAAAUGCAGUGACUUACAACACACUCAUCCAUUCUCUUUCUAGCUGUGGCUACUGGGAUGAAGCUGAUGAGAUCCUUGCACUUAUGAAAAUAAGUCCUUAUAGUCCUACUGUGGUUACAUACAAUAUCUUAAUCAAUGGUCUCUGCAAAUGUGGUGAUCUUGUUCGAGCCAUUGACUUCUUCAAUCAGAUGGUUGACCAAAAUUGUUCGCCCGACAUUAUAACGUAUAACACUCUCUUUGCUGCUUUUUGUAGAGAAGGAAUGGUAGAUGAGGCUCUUGAACUAUUCGGCAUUUUAGAUGGUAGUGACUGUCCACCUGGGUUGAUAACUUACAACACUCUAAUAGACGGACUUGGUCGAAGGGGCUAUGUGGAGAAAGCAUUGGGAUUGUACAGUCGGAUGCUGGAAAAUGGGAUAAAGCCUGAUGGCAUCACCCAUCGUUCUCUAGUUUGGGCGUUUUGCUGGGCGGGUCAAGUUGAGGAAGCAGUAGUGAUAUUGAGGGAGAUGGUGAAAAGGGAUCAUCGUAUCAAUGGUAGUGCUUUCAAAUUAGUGGUCCAAGGAUUAUGCAGAAAGCAACAUGUGGACACGGCAAUUGAAGUUCUGGAGCUUAUGAUCUCUGGGAGAUACAAGCCAGAUGAGGAUGCUUAUUCUGCUGUGAUUAAAGGUGUUGCGGAUUCUGGUAUGAUUAAUGAAGCUGAUGAGUUGCAUAAGAAGCUCAUAGAAAUGGGCAUUUUGAGACAACAGUCCCAUUGAAUCAACAAUGUUGUUCAACAAAUUUAACUGAUGAUGCUUCGAGAUAGGGAGACAGCCAUAUGUGGAAGUAGUGUUGAAGAUGCAUAGCUGUAAGUCAAUUAUCAUUUCACAGUUAGAUCCUCAGCUGCUUGAUUGCGUUAUAGUUUAGGAUUCUUGUUUGGGUUGAUGGAUCCUCAUUAUACAUUUCGUCAUUACUCUUUUUCUCGUUAUAGGUUGGCUGUUUUGUGUUCAUUCUUUUCAUGCUUUAAGCGCAUUUUUUCAUGCUUUAAGCGCAUUUACUACGCUCCAGAGCUCUAGCUGUAUACUGGAAAGGUUACUGUCUAGUUGGGCGCAAAUCUGAUAAUAAAUGUAAACCUUGUUGUUCCGUUCUGGAAUCUUUAAGUUUAGUUUCGAUUAUUUCUUACAUCCAGAAUACUGAGAUUUGGAGAUCGCAAAACUCAUCAUAUAUGUGAUGGUGAAAAGCUUUCAGAAUAGGCACCUUUAUUUUUGUAGCUAUGCUUGUAUCAUCCGCUGCAAACUAAAUAACAGAACAGUACAUAAACACCCAGUGACUAACGUCACCUAGGAGAAAUCAAUUGUCGUCCUCCAUUUUCUGGCCGUCCAAAUAUAGCAGCUUCCACAGGCUGAGGUCUCCACUGAAAAAUGAUGCUUUCCGAAGGUGGUGCUUAAACAGAAUGAUCAACACAACAUGAAGUUGCCUGAAAGCUGGCUUGAUUUUCAUAGCAAAGUUUAAACUCACUGGUAAAGUCUGAAGCAUAAGUCAAGCUAGCUGGUAUUUUUGACACAAUAAACCACAUUGUAAGAUAUAAACAAAAAGAUAUCAGAGUCAAGCUUCAUAGAUAUGGACAAACCAACUGUGUCAAUGGCUUGAAGAACCAAGUAGAAGAUUCAUACCUGCAAAACUCAAGACAAAAAGUGAAUCAGCAACUGAUUCACCCUCUGUGAGUUUCUCUUUGAUACUAUUGACCUUCAUUUAUAAGUUACAACACCUGAUUCUAUGAUUGUAACUUACAUGUGGGAAGCAAUAUUUACAUUUAUUAUCAGAUCUGAGCACACCUGGACAAUAACCUUUCCAGUAUACAGCUAGAGCUCCGGAGCAACUUAGUGAUGAAUGUAUUUUGCAGCCGUAGAAAUUAGGCUGGUAUAUUAUAGCAGAGUAGCAUUUAGAAGUUUGUGAGAUAUAGGUUGCAGAAAUUCUUGUGUAUAUUGCUAUUAACUGCGCAACAAUUACAGCUUUGAGAGCAUUUACUACGGUCCAAAAUGCCUCUCAAACACAAAGUUGCUCUACAGAUAGUAGGGGAUAUUUCUUAGGGGAGGUUCUUAUGAUCUUAUCCAAGUUCUCUCUUGCUCCAUUCGACCCGAUGAGAUUUAUGAAUUAUGUUUCCAGGAAAUGCUAACAAUGCAUGAUAUUAUGCCACAGGUUAUGCAUCCUUACAAUGCCGAAACUGACUUUGAGCUGUCUCUGUCAGCCGGUGACUGUUGUGGCCAGAGAGGUUCGCCACUUACCAGAAUGGUGGAAUCUAUGUUUUCGUAUUCAGGCCACCGCAUUUGGGAUGUGAGAAUGAACAACUGAUCCUAUAUUCAUGGAUGUAUGCAGGUGACAAGUAAUGGGUGGGCGGGAGGGGAAUGCAAAGGGAGAGCAGGUUGGUUCCCAUUUGGAUAUAUCGAAGGAAGGGAGAGAGUCCUGGCGAGCAAAAUAGCCUGAAGUGGUUUAAAGACUUGAACUUUUCUGUAUUGUCUCAUCUCAUGCUUUUUCCCCUUUGUGAUUUAGGUACCAAAAAUAUUCAUGCCUCUUGCUAGUAUAUGACAGUCAGGCUAUCCUGUGUAUUUUUCGCAGUAAUAGUUUCAUUUCGCUAUAACAUAACGUAGUUGUACAGAAAUCAAUGUUAUUUUCUUGCAGCAAUGGUCUGAUUGUGCUGUGGAGAUAAGCUAACUAUACAGCUUCUAAGUAAUCAACAUAACAAAGUAAUUGAAUUGAUCGAACUUGUGAAUAGGAUUGUUAAUUCAUUCUCCACGAUAAUCAACAUUUAACACUAAU